AUGGAAGAACAAAUUGAGAUAUUAAAAUAUCGCAUCCAUUCGAAUUGUUUACCACCGACAUUCAAUCUUCUUGAUUAUUCACUUAAUAAAAUUGAUAAAAUACUUAGCCGAUCGAAAAAAUCUUCUACUAACGAUGAUGAUAACAAGCAAAAAACAAUAUUAUAUGCUUGUCGUUUAAAAAAAAUUGGCCGAUUUAAAUAUGGUAUGCUUGAAUUAAGUAUAGCAGCUGGUAAAGAAAAAAGGCAUUUCUUUCAUCGACAACGUAUGGAAAAAAUUAUUGAACGAGCAUACAAUCGCCUCUAUAAUGAAAAUGUUAAAAAUCUUACCGAUUACAUGUUUUCAACACGUGAUACACUUGCUAUUGAAUAUUUUGCUGUAAUAAAAAAUUUACUUCAACAGCUAUAUACGAAACCAAUACUAAAAAAACUUGAAAGACAUGCUCGAUAUAUGUACAAGAUGAUAAAAUCAAUGCGAUGA